AUGUUUGUAAAGGGGGUGUUGCAGCCCAGUCUGGAGCAGGGACAGCUCAGCAUGCUGCAGGGCGUUCUGGAGAAACUGGACCCGAGCCUGGACUCAUGCAGCCGCUACCUCAUGGCUUCCUGCCAGUUCCUUCAGAAACGAGGGUACUUUCACUGCCUGUACCAGCUGCAGCAGUUCAUGAUGGAUCAUGUCCGUGCUGCCAUGACCUGCAUCAGGUUCUUCUGGCACGGAGCCACUUCAUACCUCCAGCUGGGGGAGCAGCAGCGCUGGCUGGUCCGAGCUAAAGAGCACCUGAGGACGUACCUGCAGGAGCAGCAGGGUCGAGGUCCUGGGAGGAGGAGGUCAGCCGUCAGCUCUUUCAGGAAGAUGAUGUCCUCCAGCGACGUGUCCAGGCACAUGAAUACGAUCGAGCUCCAGCUGGAGGUGACUCGUUUCCUGCACCGCUGUGAGAGUGGGACGUCCUCUAAAGCCCCUCAGACCAGCGCUCAGUCCCCCAAGUCCUCCAAGUCCUCCCAGUCCUGUUCUCUGCCGACGCUGUUUGGAGGAAGUCCGAUGAAGAUGGAAGUUGCUUGCAAGGUGAAGUUCUUUCACUUCCUGUUGGUGAUGCUUGGAGGGAAAAACAUAGAGGAAGGUUUUGGAAUUGCCUACAGAGUCAUACAGGACUUCCAGCUGGAGGCCCAGGCCGUCUACGUCCAGGCGGGUCACCGGCUCGUUCGGUACCGGCAGUAUGGAGCCGUACGCCAGCUGCUCAAAUGCGUGGGAGAAUCCGGCACUGCCACCAAGAACGACUGCGACGCCCUCGUCCUCAGCUGCGUCUCGGCUGCAGAUAAGGCUCCAGCUGAUGCCAAGGAGCUGGAAGGUCUCAUUCUGGAGAUCAAGAGCAUGGAAACCAAGAUCAAGGCGUACCUGCUGUGUGGGAAGCUGAGGCCAGCGUACCUGCUGGCGGUGAAGCUGGAGCCCAGCCGGGCCGGUCCUCUGGUCCAGGAUGUCCUCCAGGCAGCAGAGGACACCCAGGACUCGGUGAUGCGGAACAUUUGCAGCCAGUGGCUUUCUGAACACAACAAGGCAUCCCUGCAGGGUCCGGGCCGACCCGGUGCCAGUACCUGGUUCUGUUUUCAGCCCACAUUGGACCUUCAGCUGGUGAAGCCUGGCACAUUCAGAGCAGGUCUGGAGCCCCCUUUGGACCUGGUCUGA